UACACUUAAUGUUCACAGCUUUUGGUAAUCUGUAUAAUGCUGAUACGUUCAGGUUUAUGGAAACAGGUUUUAGGAAGUAGCCUAUUGGUGAGCAGGUUUCACUGUCUGACCAAAAUCACAUUAGUAGUAAAAACCUAACGUUAUCGACUUAUAACAAACUACGUCAUGGCUGCAUGACUUUACAUCACCGUCUCUAAGUUGAAUUUGCACUACAGUUUGACUAAUAAGCAAACUACAAAAUAAAGUAGUUGCUGUGGAACCUGUGGAAUGCAGCCGCUGGCACCGCUUGUCAUGUGACAAGAAACAACCAAUUGCAGCCGAGAGAUAUCUUUACUUCCGUAAACACAAGUGUACGGCAAAAUGGUGGAGGUUAAUUUAAAUUGAUUUCAGUGCGGGUCUAUCGUUACCCCGACGUUAAGAUCGGUCCAGUGUGUCACCCAUUUCCAUGUUAUGAGCACCGCUGCUAAAAUGUCUCACGAUGUCAGACGCUGUCGGGUCUCAAAUGCCGGUGUCCGGAACACACACACAGCACACACACACACACACACACACAAACACAAACACAAACACAAACACACAGAUUAGAGCAAAGCAGAGAUAGAAACACCGUUUUCCAUGGCAAACACUGCUGUCCCACGAAAACUAUUUAAAUACAACUUUAAAGAACAACACCCUGAAGAAGUUCAGAUGGUUGCUUAGCAACAUUAAGCGCGAACUGCCUCAGCGCCCCUGAGAAGUAGCUGCACAAGACCUCGCGUUUACGAUGCGGUAAAAAAAAAACGCUCUUGUGUGCUCUUGGCUUUAAACUAUACAUUUUAAAUCUUGCAGAGACCCAGUGUUACUCUGUAGAGAUCUACAGGGAAGAUGGAGAGCUUGGCACCUGACAUUGACGAAAACAAUUUGCACAAGACAGGCCCCGUUUCAGCCUAUCAUCAUUAUGUCCUGUCAUCCAUCCUUCCCGAUGCUCAACAGGAAUUCCUCUGCAUGCAGAAGAAAAACAAAGCUUUGGAAAAGGAGAACGAGAUCUUCAAGAAGAAGGUUGAGUCUUUGGUGACUGAUUGUGAGCAGUUUAAAGCAGAGCGGCAAAGAAUCCACAAUGUGAUCAAAAACAGAGACCACCAGAGGAACCAGCUGUUGCACUGCAAAAAUGAACUGUCUGCUUUGGGUAAGAAGAUGGCCUUCCAGCAAACUGAACUGAAGAGAGAGCAUAAACAAAAUGAAACUGUCAAAGAAGAGCUGGAGUCAGUUAAAAAAGAGCUCCAGUCAGUGAAGCAGGGGGCUUUCACCCAGAGGACAGAGCAGCAACACCUGAAGCAACAGCUGGACCAGGUGGUCAAAGAGAGAGACAUUUUGAAUGACGCUUUGCUACGCUGCAAACUUGAAUGUUCAGAGUUGCGUGAAAAGAUUUGCUACCAGCAAUCGAGCGCGAACAAGAAGGACUGUCAGUGCAAAAAGCAGAUGAAGGAAAUCCACUUCCUCAAUCUAGAGAAGCAGACACUCGAGAAGGAGAGGUGCAUCACUGAAAGCAAUGCAGAGGAACAGAAGCAGGAGCUCCGAAAGUGUGAGAAAGAUCUCCAGACACAGAAGGAGAAAUUCAAAGAGAGCAAAAAAAUGCAGGAAAAGGGGAAAAAAAUAGCCAUAAUCCAAGAAAGUCCUCGCAAAAUCAAACAACCAAGACAAAAGGUGCCUCACCCGAAGGUUCAGUCUUUACAGAAAGAGCUGCUCGCCCAGGCGGAGGAGCUGAGGGCCACGCAGAAGCUCUGUGAGGAGCUGAAGAAAAAAGUGACCGAGGUAGCUGUGCAGUUCGAGCAGUGCCAGGCGACGAUCAGGGACCAGAAAGAGAAGCUCAAGGCAGUAACAGCAGAGAGGAACAUGUACAGAAGUCUGACUGAAACACUGGGGACUGAGUUAGUGGACAUCAAAAAAGCGCAGCGCAGCGAAAAACAGCUGAAUAAAGCGACCAAGAGGGCAAAGAAAGUCAAGGUGCCAUCAGAGGAAAAGUCAAAGGGGUCCCAUCUCCCACCAACAUCCAGUAAAGUCCAGAUGCAGUCCGAUUUAAGGAUUAUGGGGAAAAAACUUUAGAGUUUUUCCUUCUCCUCUUCUGAAUAAACUGACAUAACGCCAUUCUGAUGUAUUUGUGUUUGUCUGUGUGAGGUACAUUUGACAAUCCUGUUUUGAAUUUAGUUUAAAAAAAAAUA